AUAUGUAAUUAUCAACAGGAUGCCCUGUGAUUGUGAAUGAUUUGUGUGACGGUAGAUGAUUUCAGUGCACACAAUGAUUCUUACAACAUGCUCGAGCAACCGCACAGUGAAAUUUGCAUCUCGUUCAUAUAUGGACGCCGUUCUGUUCAGAUCGGGACAUUGUCAGUCUACGAAAGGGACUUGAAUCAUGCCUGAGGUUGUGAAAGUGCCCAAGAAGGGCUCCAAGGAAGCCGUCUCCAAGACCGUCAGCAAGAGCGGCAAGAAGAAGAGGAAGACCAGGAAGGAGAGCUACGCCAUCUACGUGUACAAAGUGUUGAAGCAGGUCCACCCCGACACCGGCAUCUCCUCCAAGGCCAUGGGCAUCAUGAACUCGUUCGUGAGCGACAUCUUUGAGCGCAUCGCCGGUGAAGCCUCUCGUCUGGCUCACUACAACAAGCGCUCCACCAUCACCUCCAGGGAGAUACAGACCGCUGUGCGCCUGCUGCUGCCCGGCGAGCUGGCAAAACACGCCGUGUCUGAGGGAACCAAGGCCGUGACCAAGUACACCAGCUCCAAGUAAACCUGAUGUAGACCACCAACACAAAGGCUCUUUUAAGAGCCACCCACUUCUUCUAAAGACAAUUACCUUAUGCCUUAUAUUUCAAAACUUUCUUGAAGGCUUUUAAGAUUUUAAGAAUUUUUGUGUAAUAAGUUAAUUCAGCAUAUAAGUGGUGGACUCAAAUCCAACAUCUGACGUUUUAUAUAAACUAGUAUAUACUACCAAGAUCAACUGUCAACUUUUUUUUCUGUUAGCAGCAUUAUGUUCAUUAAUUGGUUAAACACUGAUUGAUGGUAGCAUGAGAUAGGUAAUCUAGGUUUAGA